AUGUCGGUGCAAACAUCAGUCACAACGGUGGACACACCCACCCCUCCCAUUCUCCGCAGUGGCUCCGCGUCAAACGAAAAAGACCUCGAUGAGCGCGCUCCACUACAGCAUGGACAAAAGGGAGAUGGUUUCUCUGAAAUACAGGAAGAGAAUGCCUCUCCAACUAUCGCCUACGACAACCAAACCCCACUCGUUGAAAAGCUACCGCAGGCGUCCGAUAUAGCGUUCACACCCGCCUUGGUCGAACACCCUCUGUUCCCUCCUCUCCCGUCAUAUGGACCCCCAUCAUUCCUCGCCAAGCUGCGAUACUACGGGUUUAUGGUCAUUUCGUUCUUUCUGUCGCUUGGCUUUCUAACAGUCAUCUUCAUCGGUGCAUUGAUCUCAACCGCUCGAACCGCAUUCUCCAAUGCCCGACUGCGCAUCAGUGGCCAUAACCCAGACUCGCAGAGGAUAUUCUUCGCAGAAGAACAGGCACGGAGAGUGGCGCGAGCCGAGGCCGAUCGCAGGUGGCAUAUUCUGCAACGAAAGAAGGAUGUCGAUGAAGAACAGGGCCCCGACGAAUGCCCUCCGCUGGAAGGAGGGAAAGAUCCAGUCGUUUGUGACGUCGCCUACUACGCCAGGCGCGUCGGGCUCGAUGUGGAGACAUUCCGUGUACAGACGGAAGAUGGCUUCAUCAUCACUUUGUGGCAUGUCUAUAACCCUCAGGAGUACACGCCGUUAUCACCCGAGGAAAGACGUGAGCGAGGGCCAGCGGUCUUUACGGCACCUAGGAAGGCGCGGAACCCUGAAUCCAAUCGUCGGUAUCCCAUUCUCUUGAUUCACGGCCUCCUUCAAAGUUCCGGUGCCUACUGUACCAACGACGAUGAUAGCUUUGCUUUCUACCUCUGCAAGUCAGGGUAUGAUGUGUGGUUGGGGAAUAACCGUUGCGGGCCUCAUCCGGAGCAUACCACAAUGUCGACGUCGGAUCCACGCAUGUGGUCAUGGGAUAUCCGACAGCUGGGGACCCUCGACCUCGCUGCUCUCACCUCGCGCGUGCUGUAUGAAACAGGGUUUGAGAAGCUCGGUCUUGUGUGCCACUCUCAAGGAACUACCGAGACAUUCGUGGGAUUGUCCAAAGAACAGCGACCUGAGCUAGGGGAUCACAUUUCAGUGUUUUGCGCACUAGCCCCUGCUGCGUACGCUGGUCCCCUUGUCAGCAAACCGUAUUUCCGCUUCAUGCGGAUACUGUCCCCUGAUGUCUUCCGACUCGUUUUUGGGAUUCAGUCCUUUAUCCCGUUCAUGAUCACCGUGCGGGGACUCCUCAACCCCAAAAUCUAUGGCACCUUCGCCUACUGGGUUUUUUCCUUCUUGUUCGGCUGGUCCGACGCCCGCUGGGAGCGCGAUCUCCGGCACCGCAUGUUCCAGUUCUCGCCGGUAUACGUUAGUGCCGAGUCGAUGCGUUGGUGGCUAGGGAGUGAAAGCUUCGCCCGCCACAAGUGCAUUCUAUCCACCCUCGACGAAACCCAGCGCGAGCGAUGCCUGUCUGGGUGCCCGCGGCACCCUUGGUUUGGCUCGCAGACACCCCCCUUUGCGUUGUGGGUUGCCGGCUCCGAUGCUUUGGUCGAUGGUCGUCGACUGCUCUCACGCUUUCAGAGUGGCCGAGAGCCGCAUGUGCGUGUGGUGCACUCGAAGGUCAUUGAGGAAUAUGAACAUCUCGAUGUUCUGUGGGCGAUGGAUGCCAUGGACCAAGUUGGCAAGGAAGUUCGCCAAGUCAUCUGGACUACUAUACCCGAGGAUGCGCGCAAAGUGUGUCGUGUUCCGCGGGGGGUUAUUGAGGGCGGGUAA